ACGCAGUAUACUUUUGUUGGUGAAACUAAAAAAAAUCAAAAUUUUAUCAAUAGACUAUCGAAGAGAUCAAAGAGUUUAAAAAUGCCAGUGAUGAAAGAAUUUUGUUUUUACUGUUCGGUGAGGCUAGGAUCUAUAAUUGUCGGAACAGUUUCUAUAUUUCAGGCAAUCAUACCUCUUUGCAUAUUAUUGGCAAACGGAGCCGAUAAUUUAAGAGAAAAUGCAAUUUAUAUACAAACACAUCCGAACGAGUACAACAAGCAAAAUUAUUUUGACAUGCUGCUGACGUAUUUGAGGAAAGAUGCUGAAACAUUUAUGUUAAUCGCAACAACAAUUAUUGGCAUUUACUUGGCCGCCUGUCUUUUGAUAAUAAUUGGGGCGUACAAAAUAUGGAAGUGGUUGUUGUGGCCGUACAUAUUUCUGGAACUCUUCCGAAUUUUAAUCAUUCUAGCCCUACUCAUUGUGGGAUUGGUAAUAUUAAAAGACAAAAUUGAUCUAGGACUAGUCAUUGGCAUCACAAUAGGUUAUGGCUUUGCAUUGCUAUUUCUAUUCUAUAUGUGGACCUGUGUCAUAUCACUAUACCAAAUCAUAUCCAUAAUCCACACUCAAAACUACAAAUCUCUUUAUGGCGACGAUCCAUUAGCUUAUAACGAAAAACCGACACCGAUCACGCCUGGAAAAAAGCCGGAAAUUGAAAAUGUGACAUUCUUUUCCAGUUCAGACUUUACGAAUUAUUCGCCCAUCAAACAACGUGACUAUAAUUCGAACAGUCGGCUCGUCACAACCAUUUCAAUAGCUUCGCCAACCGAUAUUUUCGAGAAGGAUUUCAGUAAUUUGCAAAAUCACAUGGGUUCGAGAAAUCGAUUGAUUGGAAUGGUUUUUUAUAACGGUCAAAAUGGUCGUCAAAAAUUUUAAUGGAUUUGAUUGUUGUUUCUAUUCAAUUAAAAAAUUUUCUUUUUCUUUGUCUUGAACAGUUACAUUUCAAUAACGUAAAUCAUAUUAAUAUCACUGGUUUUAUCGUGUUAAUUGCCAUUCAAUAUUUGUAUCAAUCUCUAAGUACGUACAGCAAUGUGUGUUGUAUAGUAGGAGGUACACAUGAAUAGAAAUUUUUAUAUAUUUUAAAAUUCAUACAAGAUUGUCUUCAACGUCAGGUGUUUUACUUUUUAACAGAGCGCACAAUACCAGAAUAUUAUAAAUGUAUGCCGUCAAUUUAAAUUAUUUUUUUUUAUCCAAAAUAAAAACCAACUGUAAAAACAAUUAAUUUCUUUGCUGACAAAAACAUGGUUUUCAAUGCGUAUACACAUAUUUAUGUGCAUUAGUAACAAAAAAUAUUCAAA